AGCUUUCGCCCACACUCGACUCUGCACUGGAUAAUCCACAAAACCAGCAUUGACUUAGCACUGUAUCUUUAUCUUCUAGAGAUUUCAUCAGUUUGGCCUCAUUAAAAUUCCAUCGUUCACCUUGUGAUGAGCUUUGAUCGGUGAUCUGGAGGCCCGAGUUUAACGUCUCGAGCCCAGAAAAGCAGACAGCUUGGUGCGGACUCUGCUGAAUUGAUCCCCGGGGGAUAAACCGGGGACAAGAGAAUCACUAAGAUGGCUAUCUGCACUUUUUACCAGCAAAAUCGCUGCAGGUUUGGAGAUCGCUGCAAAAAUGAGCACCCCGGCAGCCAGCAAUCGUUCAGCGCAGGAAAUCGGUUCGGAGCUCUGUCCGGUGGCGGAGGCUUUGGAGGAGGUCGCUCGGCUCCGCAGAGUCAACCAGCGUCCAACUUCGGAGUUACUACUGCUGAUAUCAAAUCGGACUUAACGGCUGGCCAAGGACUACCAGACUGGAUUUUCUCAUGUUAUGGACCUGGACGAAACGCUCCCAGACAGCUUUUUGGGGGCGCUCAACGAGAGCAGAGUUUCGAAGAACUACGACUGCGGCAUUAUGAAGCGGCUGCAACAGGAAAUGCGGAGCAAGCGGUUCAAGAAGCUCAAGCUCUAUACGCGGAGUCACUAAAGCAGGUAGAGACUGCGCUUAGCAACCUUGAAGGUGCUAUGAAAUACGUCAUUGAUGGGGCCAGUGAGCAUCCCAACAGGAAUGAUAUUACAGAGGGCAAGACAGGUCCAAGCGUCAGUCAAGGCCCCUCUGCCUUUGGUCAACCUACUCAACCUGCCCCAUUCGGUCAACCCGCUGCUGCUCCUCAGGCUCCUGCCUUUGGUCAACCUUCGGGACUGGGUGCUGGUCAAUCAGCCUUCGGUAAGCCAGCCGGGUUCGGACAGCCGUCGGCAUUUGGACAGCCAUCAGCCGUGGGACAAGCGUCUGGCUUUGGACAACCAAGUGCCUUAGGCCAGGGAUCUGCAUUUGGAAAGCCUUCAGGUCUAGGUGGUGGACAGCCAGCGUUUGGCCAGCCAGCAUUUGGUCAGUCGGGGUUUGGCCAGCCUCAGCCAGCAUUUGGUCAACCGUCUUUCGGUCAGCCGUCAGCAGCUGGGCCUUCGACGUCCGCAUUCGGGCAGCCUAGUGCAGCAUCACCUUUUAGCCAGAUAUCUAGUCAAGGUCAAACUACUGGUGGUGGGUUUGGACAGCCAGCGGGGCAAACGACGGUUUCCCCUUUCGCUCAGGCAGCUGCUCAACAGCCAGCGGCACCUACAGGAUUUGGGCAACCUUCAGCAGCGCAGCCAACAGCAGGGCCAUUUGGCCAACCCGCGCAGCCAGCGGCACCGUUUGGCCAGCCUCAGCAACCGGCAGCUCCUUUCGGUCAACCGUCUACAGCUCCCAGUCCAUUUGGAGCACCAGCUCAACCACCCGCCGCUUCGCCUUUUGGCCAACCUACUGGGGCACCACUGGGGCAACCGGCUGCACCUAGUGUAACUGCAGGUACCGGACCACCACCGGCUGUCAAGGUCGAAGAUCCUACAGACCUUCACCCUAUCCCGCCUCUGGCUGGCCAGACCGUUCGGGAUCCUAUGACAAAGAGACUCACCAUGUGGAAAGGACAGCCGGUGAAGUAUAUCGAAAACUCGCCGUGCUAUCUUCACCCACAAGAUCGCCAAACUUAUACCCACAUCUUCUUCCCUGACGGGCCACCGGAUGAAGCCAGUCUCAGAGAUACACAGGGCAAACCCGAAGAUUAUACUCCGGAGAUUACAGAACAGUAUGAGUUCUUUGUGAAGAAUGGGCAUUUCAAAGAUGGUGUCAUCCCAAGCGUACCACCCAAGACGGAGUGGGUGAGCUUUGACUUCUAAGAUAGAAGAUCGGUUUUGUUUAUCAUUAUUUGUAGUAUAUAGUUGUGGGCGACAGCUACUUCAUUCGCUUUCACAGGGGGGUUCAAAAGGCGCAAUUUGAUAGUGUUACGGGAUCCAACGCGGUACACCGGGUUACUGGGUAUUAUUUAAGGGGCCUAGGCUUUUUUACGAGACGAUUGAUAUGCAAUAGAAAUA